AUGUCUUGGGAGCAGUACGCGCCGACGUCGGAGGCGCAGCUGGCGCGGCUUUCGCGCCUGAAGACGGCUUGCGGCGGGGAAGAAGCCGAGGCAGUUGUGCGGCGCAAUCAGCAGCAGCAGCAGGAGCGGCCGCCGGCGACGAUCCCUACUCUGGGAGACUCCGCAAAGCCUUCGGGCAUAGCGGCCCUUUACAAGGACUCUUAUUACGGCGAGAGGGGUGGCAGUGGCACUGCUGCUGCCAGUGGCGGUGGCGGUGGCGUCGGUGGGGGUGACGAGCUGGGAGAGAGUGCUCGCAGGCGGGGUGCCGAGCUCAGGGAAUACGCCCGAACGUGCCAGGCUUUCGUGGCAGACAUCGAGCGGGCGGUGCACCUGCUGGACACCAUUGCACAGCAGCAAGAGCAGGUUACAUCAAAGACCCAGGCGCUCCACGCCACGUGCGAGAGCCUCCUGUCGGAGCAGCACACCCUCGAGGCACAGGUCAAGGCCCUCUCCGCUCCCCUCCAGCGGUUCAGGGCUCUUCAGGAGCUAGGCCCCGCGCUUGGACUGCCGUUCGCCUCCCAAUCUUCGGCCAGCGGCGCCGGGGGCGAGGGCGGGGCACCGAGAAGGACUUCGGUCGGGGUCGGGGCGGGGGGCGAUGGGGCGAGGUGGGGAGGGGGGACUGGUUUGGUGAGAAGAGCUUCGUCCGGAGGAGGGGGGGGAGGACCGGGAGGGGGUCGAGUUCUGCUGCACCCCGGGAGCGACGAGUUUGCGGAGGCCCUUGCUCGCGCGGCCUCCGCCAUGGCCUACCUCCGGCGGCACCCUGAGUUCCUCGAGGGCCCGCAGUACGUCGACAAGUACGUCCAGCUGCUGUCGCGAGCUCUCGCGCUCGUCAAGAAUCAGGUGGUGGAGUACCUGGAACAAGCGGCGAGGCUGUCGGGAGAGAAACCGGUCGUGGAAGGCCGCUUGGAGACCUCGGAAAUCUACUCGCGCUUCAGGAGCGUCUCUCACCGGGUUAACGCGGGGGUGGCCCUGAUGCGCAAGUACGUCUCCGCGGCACCCCUCGUCAAGACGCUUCUGUCCGACUUCAGGCAACUCUACUUCGAAAAGAGACUGGCCCUGCUUCGGCCCGCUGUCCGCUCUCACCUCGAGGCGAUGUCGAAGCAGAGGGGAAUCACCGCCAUGAUAAGGUUCGGGGCGGCGUUCUUGGUGCGGGUUGGGCAGCUGGAGACACAGCUCUACGACGCCUGCCUGGGCCCCGAGGAGGAACAAGAACAGGUUCAGAACCAACAACAACGAGAAACCGCCGCCUCCAGCAGCAACGGCACCUACGAGGCCACGGGGACUUCAUCUCCACGAGGGGAACAAGUCAAGGAAGGACGGAGGAACCAGCAGGAGGAGGAGGGGGGGGACGGCGGGGACGAGGAGGGCCAAGGAGAGGAGGAAGAAGCGAAGAGGGAGCUGGACCUCCAGAGGGAGGAGGAGGCCGCCGAGGUGGAGGAGGGUCGGGCGGGGCUCUACGGGAUGCUGCUGCAGCUGUGCUCCGAGCUGCACAAGCACCUCCGCCCGAGGGUGUACCACGGCACGGACAUGGACACUCUCUGCGAGCGAGCGGGAGGGAGGGCACGAACCAUCUAUCUCGCGAGGGUUUUAGAGGCAAUCUACGAAAUAUAG